AUGCAAAAAUCUCGAGAAGUCCUCCGUGCUACACGCGUCCAGAUCCUCUUCAAUCACCAUUUCCGUCGCGAUGACUCUGCAUACGCACUGCUCCUGGCAAGCGCACCCAAAGACGCACCGCUCUUUCCCCAGCUGCGCUCGGUCGGAUGGUUUGACUCACGUGUUGAAAACAUCCCUGUCCUCAACCUCCUCCUACCCACCGUCCAGACCCUCGCUCUAGAUAUCACGCAUGAUAAAUUUCGCAAGGCCGUCUUCCAAAACCCCCGUACCACCUGCUUGCACCUCAAAGCUCUUGAAUUUAUAGGCAUGGUUGACAAACUGGCAACCUCAGAAUUGGAGUCCCUCCUGUUCAGCUAUCCUGAGGGUCUUACUGAACUUUCGAUCAGAUUUUUCCGUGACAACAUCUCAAACGCCUUGCUCGAAGCUAUCGCUGUGCGGCCACAUCUCCAAUACCUCACUCUCCAGAUAGGAUUCAAAAGCAUGCCACUCCGUGCACCCCAACCUUUUCAGGCACUCACUCACCUCCAUAUGUCAUGUGAGAGUCUGAGUCUUUUCUCAUCCUUGCUGCAUUCUAUUUCCGGGACGAAUUCAGGUACCUCUGGAUGCCCAAACCUCGAGAAAAUUUACAAUAUUGCACUCCAUUGCGGUCCCACCGGUAUCUGGUCCGAACUCCUCACUAUCCUCACACGCACAAAGCUAGAGCACAUUUCUAUCGAGAAAUGUAGUAACUCUGAGCCCCACCCGUGCUAUACAGGACCAACAUUUUUUGAGCUUCGCCCCUUUCUCGCCCGCCCUACUGCACUCGUAAAUAUCAAAACCCUCCUCAUCUUCCCCGCCCACGGCGGAUCCAUUAUACUUACAGAUGCCGAUGUCCACACGCUUGCUCGUGCAUGCCCACACCUCUAUUCUGUUAGCCUAGGGAAUCACAACACACCUGUGUCUUUGGGUGCCUUGAGUUACAUCGUGAGACGCUGUCAUGAGCUGUGCGAAAUCUCGCUAUGUGCGGACGCGCGGCUCGAUGCGCUCGGGACAAUACCUCUGGACGAUGACGAGCAAAUGCACCUACAACCUAAUAUACGCCUGAGGAGGCUGGCCAUUGGAGGGUCACCCAUUGCAUGCGUGGGUCCAUUGAACCCGCCGACUGCACCAGACCUGAUGAUGUCGAUCCCACGGUUCCUGCACAUGAUAGCACCGCGACUUGCGAAACUCGAAAUAUCCUUCGAGUUGCAUUUCGAGUGGACAUAUCGUAGGUACAUGGGUAUGGAGGUAAUCAGUGAUAUAGAGAGGUGGAAGAAGGUGGAGGAUGUCUUGUCGGAGUUGGCACAAGGGGACACUGACUGA